CUUAGGACGAAGGAUGUGAGGGGGGCAAUGGACGGUUUGCUUUCCUAGCCCAUGUCGUAAUCCCCUUGCUCGCCGUCCAGGCGUCCAGAUCCGUCCGACAUGGCUGCAGAGGUAGAGGUUGAUGGUGACCAGACCGUAGACGUCUGGACCCGCAACGAGACAGGCCACAUCUGCACUGGCUUGGCGCCUCCUCUAAUAUUGAGGAGUAUCUUGGUGGUGAUAGGUACCUUUCGCUGUGUCCUUUCCGUGAGGCCGGAAAGGAUCAGGAGGGAGAAGAAACGGAUCUGGACGGCGGAUUUGGACGGAGUUCUUCACUGGAUGGCGGUGGCGGCUAGGCGGGUGGACGAUGGCGGCACGCAACUGGAUGGCUUCUCAACGGCGGCGCGAACAGGAGACAGCGUCACACUUCCUCGCUGCGGUUCAAGACCCAGCGGAGAACUUCGAUGGUGGCGGCGGCUACUCAAACCCGGCGGCGGCGGCAAUUCUCUGGGCUGCGCAACUCCGAUUGAACCAGCGGAUGUGGCUCACCUGCUCUCUGCGCACGAUAUGGAUACCGACGACCAGUUGUGCGACGGCUCCUCUACGGCGGCGCCUGAACGGAUCAGCGGCUGCUCCCGCGUGGCUGACGGUGGUUCGGGGCUGCGCGUAGAUCUCCAAUCGAACAACAGGACAGCAACGACUUCUCAACGGCUUCCCCUGUCAGCGGCCACAGAUUCUUAGCGGCUACAGGUUCUCAACGGCACCCGAUCUAAAUCUGCAAACCCUAGGUGACAAGUUUCUAGCAAUUUGUGCUCGUGCUGAAAAACCAGGCUGACGCGAGAAAGUAUGAACACGAACAAUCGACAAUCAUGUAAAAGAUAGAGAUUUAACGUGAUUUACUAACAACCUGUUAGUAACCUCCCUGGACUAGAGAGAAAAACUAUUAU